UUGAGAUUUAUUUCGUUUUCACUCUUACAUAGUAAAUAGCAUUUUAACGCAAGCUUCAAUAAUUGCAAUAUUUUUCGUUCAAUUAAUUAAUUUUUUCUUCAUUUAAACUUCAUAAUGGACAAUUUAAAAUCACUAAAGAAAAGCCGAGCAAGCUUCAAAGCAAAGCUGGCUGUUUUCAAAGAUUAUCUAAAUGCUUUGCUACCUAGCAGUGAGCUUAAUAGCGUACAAAUGCAUGAGCUUACCAUGCGACAUGCCAAAAUGUCAGAAAUGUAUAACGAUUUCGAUUCCAUACAAAAUGAUAUAGAAAGCUUGACGGAAAUUCCAGAUGAGGAGUACGCAGAGCGGACUUCCUUCGAAGCCCGGUACUUCGGCGCCAUGGCUGCUGCGCAAGACCUGCUCAGCAAGCAUGCCGCGCCCGCCGAACCUGCAUCUGCGGUGCACGACAGUGGAUCGGUGGCGGGAUCAGAAACUCGACCACUUACGACACUCUCCAAAUACAUGAGAGUUCAACAGCUCAAGGCUCAUUUUUGGAGAAGAUACUCAAAAGAAUAUAUUUCAGAGCUCCAGUCCCGCAGCAAGUGGCGCACUCAGGGUGCGCAUCCACAGCUGGGCGAGAUGGUUAUCAUCAAGGAUGACCGCUUCCCACCCUACCGAUGGCUGCUCGGACGAGUCACAGCCGUCCACCCGGGCAGCGACGGCGUCAACCGCGUCGCCGACGUCCUCACCACUACGGGGACCCUGCGCAGGGCAUACAAUCGGCUCUGCCCACUUCCAUCGACGUUGGAUCAGGCAGCUCCUGACCCAAGGGGGGCAGCCUGUUAACGCUCCAUCCAUGUGUGCGUGCGCGCAC